CCGUUUAAUAAAAUCUGAUUUUAGAGGGAUUUUUAGAAGGUAAAACUUUCGUUUUAGAUCCUGAAACUUGAACAUAUAAAAGCUGCAACACGGAUAUAAAAAUGCUUUCUGCUCGCACUCCUCUCUCCGUGAAGAAUGAAAACUCAGUCAGCAGUAAGAUGGACAACAUGUCUCUGAACAAAGAAAACACGCCGCCGAGCCUGAACACGACCCGCAUCUUGGCGUCUAAAACCGCGCGAAAAAUCUUCGACGACGCUGCGCCCAAAGCCGUGAAGAAGAGCAGCGAGGAAGAGGAGGAGCCGCUGCUGAAGGAGAACCCUCGUCGCUUCGUCAUCUUCCCCAUCCAGUACCACGACAUCUGGCAGAUGUACAAGAAGGCCGAGGCCUCCUUCUGGACCGCAGAGGAGGUGGAUCUGUCGAAGGACGGGCAGCACUGGGACUCUCUGAAGGACGAGGAGCGCUACUUCAUCUCUCACGUGUUGGCGUUCUUCGCCGCCAGCGACGGCAUCGUCAACGAGAACCUGGUGGAGCGCUUCACACAGGAAGUCCAGGUGACAGAGGCCAGGUGUUUCUAUGGUUUCCAGAUCGCCAUGGAGAACAUCCACUCAGAGAUGUACAGCCUGCUCAUCAACACCUACAUCAAGAAGCCAGCAGAGAGAGAAUACCUGUUCAACGCCAUCGAGACUCUGCCCUGUGUGAAGAAGAAGGCCGACUGGGCCAUCAACUGGAUCGGAAACCACAACGCUGGAUUUGGAGAGCGCGUGGUGGCCUUCGCCGCCGUGGAGGGAAUCUUCUUCUCUGGUUCCUUCGCCGCCAUCUUCUGGCUGAAGAAGAGAGGCCUGAUGCCCGGCCUGACCUUCUCCAACGAGCUCAUCAGCAGAGACGAGGGUCUCCACUGUGACUUUGCCUGUCUGAUGUUCAAACACCUGGUGAACAAACCGUCGGCAGAGACGGUGACCGAGAUCAUCAGGAACGCUGUGGAGAUCGAGCAGGAGUUCCUGACCGAGGCUCUGCCCGUGAAGCUGAUCGGGAUGAACUGUGAGCUGAUGAAGCAGUACAUUGAGUUUGUGGCCGACAGACUGAUGCUGGAGCUCGGCUUCACCAAGAUCUACCGCGUGGAGAACCCCUUUGACUUCAUGGAGAACAUCUCUCUGGAGGGAAAGACCAACUUCUUUGAGAAGCGAGUGGGCGAGUACCAGCGGAUGGGCGUGAUGUCGGGCUCCACCGACAACACCUUCAGGCUGGACGCCGACUUCUGAGACCCAGGAAUGAGAAUUCAACCAAUAGUGUUAACCCUGGCCUAUACCUCUCACCCAGUGCAUGCUGGGUAGUCUUAUCCAACCCUGGUGGCGAUAUUACAAAUCCCACUACGGCUACGCCAAGACCCGCCCUUCAAUAGAGCUCAAACACUCCUAUUGGCCAGGCCUCCAUGCUUACAUAUACAGUUCCUAUCUCCUGACCAAUCCGAUAUCCUAA